CCCUUUUCUCAUUUUUCCCACAAAGCAAAAUAACCAACCUUGUAUUCCAUUUUACCUUUUUAUUCACUCAAAACAUCUACUAAAAUCAAUUUAUUUCAAUCCAAUGGCAUCCAAUUUCCAAACCUUCAACUUUGAAACUCAAAUUCCACAAGAGCUUCUAAUAUCACAAAUCAUGCAAAUUCAUGCAACAAUUUCAAAGCUAGAAUCUCUUAGGCCUUCAAAACAAGUCAACACCCUUUUGAAUCACUUAGUCAAACUUUGCAUCCUCCCUUCAUCCAUUGACAUUGAAUCCUUACCACAAGAAGUUAAAACAAUGCGUGAAAGUCUCAUUCCCCUAUGUGGCAAAGCUGAAGAACUUUUAGAGCUUGAAUUCUCAACUUUCAUUAGCCUUACACCAAAUCCAAUAAAAAAUUUAACUAUUUUUCCAUAUUAUGGAAACUAUGUUAAAUUAGCAAACUAUGAAACCAAAAUCCUCAAAGAAAAUGGUGUUAUGCAUGCAAAAAAAGUAGCUUUUAUAGGAUCUGGCCCAAUGCCAUUAAGUUCAAUUAUAAUGGCAAUGCAUCACAUGGAAUCAACACACUUUGAUAAUUUUGAUAUUGAUGAGAAGGCUAAUGAGGUUGCUAGCAAGAUCGUGGCAUCGGAUAAAUCGCUCGAAAAGAGGAUGAAGUUUGUGACACAAGAUAUUAUGGAAGUGAAGGAGAAAUUGGGACAAUAUGAUUGCAUUUUUUUGGCUGCACUUGUUGGUAUGAGUAGAGGUGAAAAAGUUAAGAUUUUGGGACAUAUAAGAAAGUAUAUGAAAGAAGGUAGUGUUUUGGUUGUGAGAAGUGCAAAAGGGAGUAGAGCUUUUUUGUAUCCUAUUGUUGAGGAGAAUGAUAUGGUUGAUUUUGAGGUUCUUACUAUUUUCCAUCCAAUGGAUGAUGUUAUCAACUCGGUUAUUCUUCUUCGUAAGCCUAAAGCUUGAUUAGCCUCAAUUGCCAAACAAGUUGAAUUUCUAGUGGAAGAAGAAUGUUAGCUUUAUAUUUUCUAUUUCAAUGUGUGUUGUUCUUUUUUUAUUCUACUUUUGCUUAAUUAGUGAUGCUUUGUGUUUUGUAUUUCAAUUGCUUCAUUCGUCUUGCUUGAUAAGAUGAUUGAAUAUUAUGUAUUGUACUUUCAAAUAUGAUAAUAAGUGCUUGUAAUAUUCUUAAAAGGUAAAGCUUGUAGGUUAUAUGACCGCGCAUAGCGUGGGUUUAAUUUUAAAUUUUUAAGAAA